AUGUUGGCCCAGGAGCUGCUAGAUCUGUACGGUUUGGUCAUGGGCUUCCUGGCCGGCGGAGUGACCACCAUGAUCUACUACAAUCCCGCAGGACUCGACUGCAGCUGGAAUGUGCUGUGGCGGAGCAACCUCACCCACCAACCGCAGAUAGUCUGGCAGAACGGCAAUCCCUGUCCGGAUCUGUACAAUCAGUUCAAUGGCGACAUCCUUGUCCUGGCCUGCCUCUCGCCGGGGUCUAUGGGUGAACUGCACUUGAGGAACCUGGCCAGCAGUCUACGACACCUGAUGGCAGUGCCAGUGCUGGUCGAAGUGGUGGCCCAGGAUCGGAAGGCCUUGGCCAGCGAAUAUCUAUCGAUUUGCCUGCACAGGCACCUGCUCAAUGUGGAGCUGUAUUUCCGGGACCACCAGAAAUCCCUGAUUCUGUACAGCUACCAGGCCUUUCCCCACUUUCGGCUGAUCCAGAGGUCACUCUCGGAUAUCCUAAAAACCCAGAUCUUUGGCAAUAAGCUGGGGAAUCUGCGGGGACAUCGCCUGCGUGUACUCCCGGAUCUGUCGCCGCCCAAUACCUUCGACUACCGGGAUGAGCGGGGACAGCUGCAGGUGGCCGGCUACCUGUGGGACUUUAUAGUCACCUACGCCAGCCAGCGGAACGCUAGCCUGGAGGUGAUCCGUCCCGGCUGGCGGCCUGGAGGCGCUGCCGACAGCACCUAUAUGCUGGAGCUGACCAGGAACGGCACGAUGGACUUUGGCCUGACCACCGCUUUCAUCACUAAACGGAAUGUGAACCUGCUGCACCAGUACACCUACCCCAUCCUCUUCUCCAGCUGGUGCACCAUGCUGCCCGUGGAGAAGCCCAUUCCCAAGGACGAUCUCUUUGGCAGGAUUAUGUGUCCGGGAGCUGUGGUCCUUCUGCUGGCGAUCCUCCUGCUGGGCUACCUGGCCUUUGCGUGUAUGGAUUCUGUAAGGAACUGCGCCUGGCUGAGGAUCCUGCCCCGGCUAAUGGCCCUCAUCCUGCUGACCACCAGCACCGCCCAGCUGCUCUCACUGCUGAUUUCACCGCCGCCCCACAAGAGGAUCGAGAACUUUGACGAUCUCUUGAGCAGCAGUGUCCGGAUCUUGGGCAUGAGCAACGAGUUCUACGACAUGGACGGGGUCUUCCGAGCGAAGUACGCCGCCGCCUUUCACCUGAUCAGCGAUCCGGACGAGCUCUACGAGUUGCGCAACCACUUCAACUCCAGCUGGGCCUACACCAUCGCCCUGAUCAAGUGGCAUGUGAUUGAGCAGCAGCAGCACUACUUCUCCCGGCCCCUGUUCCGGCUCUCCACGGACCUGUGCUUCAACGACUAUGUGCCCACCAGCUUCGUCCUUGCCCCGGACUCCAUCUACUACGAGUCGCUCAAGGACUUCACCCUGAGCGCAGCGCAGGCGGGACUCAUGAAGCACUGGAUCGCCAAGAGCUUCUACGACAUGGUCGCUUCUGGCAGGAUGGACAUCCGGGACUACAGUGAGCAGGUGGUGCAGCAGCCCCUGUCCAUGGUCGAUCUCCGGCACACCUGGCUCAUCUUUGGGGCAGCCAUUGCGGUGGCCAGCGGUGUUUUUCUGCUGGAGCUGAGUUUGUUCCACGUCAAUGUUUUUCUCAACAGCAUAUAG